AUGUCAGCAGCUGCUGCCCGCGAGGCGGCUGCUGCUUCUAGCGGCAGCAGCGGUUCAACUGCAGCAGCAACAGCAGCAGCAGCAGCGGCAAUAGCAGCAACACCGCCAGCAGCAGGAUCUGCCGCUGCUGCUGCUGCUGCUGAUCCUGUGGUUUCCUUCUUGCUGCAGGAUGAUCAGCAGCUGCAGCAGCACAUCGAGCUCUGUACUGAGUUGCUGCAGCAGCUGCUACUUAAUAGCAAGCGGAAGCAGCAGCAACAACACAUUAGGGAGCAGUUGCUGCCGGAGCUGCAGCAGCUGCAGCAGCAGGCAGAAGCAAAGACAGCGCGGCUGGCGCAGCAGCUGAGGGCAGCAGCAAAAACAGCAGAAGCGAUUAGCGAGCCCAUUAGGAAGCUGCAGCAGCAGCAGCAACUGCUGCAGCAAGCAGCAGAUAUAGCGAAGCAAAUAAAUGCUAUACGCACACAACAGAAACGUGCUGCUGCUGCACUGGAAGAGGGGGAUGUGCUGCUGGCUGCUGCAUGCAUUAGUAGCUGCCUAUACACCCGAGAUAACUUCGAGCGAAUAGACGAGCAGUAUCAGCAGCAGCAGCAGGGAGAAGCAGCAGCACCUGAAGGCAUCUGCAGAGCAGAGGCUGGUGUGCUGCAGCAACUGCAACAGCAGCAACAGCAGCUGCUGCAGCACCUCAACAAGCGUCUGGCCGCCGUGGCGCGGAGACUCGUAGCAGCAGCACUGCAACAGCAGCAGCAGCAGCAGCAGCAAAUGUCUCGUUUGGAUACAGGGGGCAGCGCAGACAACCCGGAGCAGCAGCAGGAGCUGGAUCAGCAAGACCGGGACGAGCAGCAGCAGCAGCAGCAGGAGCAGCAGGCAGAAUUGUCUUUGUUGCUGCGGUGCUACUUUUUGCUGCGGAGAGGUGCUGCAGCAGUUAGAGGGUUUUGUCGAUGUGCUGCAGAAGCCCUAGCAGAUGAUUGCUCCAGAUACUUCAAGGUGCUGCUGCAGCCGCAGAAGCAGACGGGAUCAGGGAAGCCGCAUGCAGCGCUGCUGCAUCGGCUUUUUAACAACAUCUCCAAGGUUGCUGCAGUGCAGCAGGUCCUACGAUCUGCGGUGCUGGCAGUGGCGGGCCGCUACUCGAGGGAAAUCUCUGGCGGCGAAGCCGAUGGUGACGGUGCUGCUGCUGCUGCUGCUGCUGCAGCAGAAGCAGCAGCUUCUGCUGCAGCGGGAGCCCCUGCAGCAGCAGCAGCAGCAGCAUUUUUCUUAGCAGCAAUUUCUCAGGAGCUGGACGUGCAAGGCGUGAGGGUCCUCAACCAUUUCCUUGACGCCAAGUCAGCUGCCGCUGCUGCUGCUGCUGCUGCUGCUGUUGCUGUUGCAGUUGGCAGGACUUCUUCGCAUUCAGAAAGACAGAGGGAACGGAGAGAGACCCGGAAGCCCUCAGGUGAAGCACCUACGCCCAGCAGCAGCAGCAGCAGCAACAACAGCAGCAGCAGUAGAAACAGCAACAGCAGCAGCUGUAGCAGCAGCUGCAGCAAGUGCAUCUGGUUGGGCAGAAAGGUCGAGACGCGGUUGGAGGAGUGUGUGCUGCUGAGCCGCUGCUGCAGCAAGACGCAUGCAGCGCUGCUGCAGCAGUUUCGAGCAGCACUGGGCAGCGCUGCUGCUGUUCCUGCAGAUGCCGCAGCAGACGGCAGCAGCAGCAGCAACAGCAGCAGCAGCAACAGCAGCAGCAGCAGCAGCAGCAGCAGUCGGCUUCGGAAUGAGAGUAAUGCGGUGGCCGAAAUGUUGACGCAGCAGCAGGUUCGCCAGGUUGAGCAUCCGGCGCUGAUGCAGCGACGAGAGGAAUUAGUGGCGGAGUACAUCGCCCUUGAGCAUGCACUCAUGCUUUGGGCUGUGCGGGAGGCGCUGGAGGUGCAGGAUGAAUUGCCGUUUGCUGCUGCUGCUGCAGCAGCAGCAGCAGGGCGAAACGCAGGCGAGGGUUCGGUUGGAGCAGCAGAAGCAGCAGCAGCGCAGCAGCAGCGUUUAGCAGCAUUAAAAGAAGCAGAAGAAGAAGCACUCAGAGGGGGUGAAGGCCUUUACAGCACUAUGGCUGAGGACCUCUUCUUUGUGCUGCAGGCUUCGGUGCAACGCGCCCUAAGCAACAGCUACUCAAGUGCUGCAGCUGCUGCAACAGAAAGAGGUGCUGCUGCUGCUGCUUCUUCUCCUAAUGCUGCUGCUCCUGCUGCUGCUCUUGCUGCUGCUGCUGCUGCUGCAGGAGCCUGUCAUUGCUGGCCCGUCGCUGUCAACAACGUACAGCUGUGUCUCUCUUCCCUUGCUAACUUUAAGGCUGUUACUCAAAACGCAAUGCUGCAGCAGCACCAGCAGCAGCAGCAACAACAACAACAAGAUCCAGCAGCAGCAGCAGAUGCAGAAGGCGAAGGCAAAUCCCCGCUUCUUAUUAUGCAUUACACGCUGCAAGAGCUGGACGGAGCAGCAGAGGCGCUGCAGCAGCUGCACCACCGCAGCUGCAGUCUAACGAUAAGAUUUUUUCAGGUGUAUUGGCAGCACUGCUUUGAGCUGCUUAAAAUGUGCGAUUUCGAUCGGGAUGCAGCUUUGAUGGUCGUGAAGCAGCUAGAAGCAGGGUUAAUGCAGAAGACGUAUACUGCUGCUGCGGGUAUGACUGCGAGUCAAGAGACUCGGAGCCUUUGUUUGGUGGUGCAGCGGCUAAGCCUGAAUGCUGCUGCAGGCAGCAGCAGCAGCAGCAGCAGAUUCGAACACCGCGAAGCAGCAGCAGCAGCAACGGCAGCAGCAGCAGCAAAUCGAUGCUCCUUCUUCGAUGAUUUUGAAGAUGAAGAGGAGAGCCUUGCAGGCAUUCAUAUCAAUUACCCAGAACCUGUUCGCUCCAAGUUUGGUCGCGUGUUUGAAAUCGGAGAGCUUCUCAGCCUCCCCUCCCUCAGCGAGGUCUCUGAUCUGCUCGGGGAGGUGGAAGGCGGACGGUCGCUGCUCUCUCUUGAAGAAAUUAAAGCUGUCCUGCGGCUUCGCGUGGAUUUCUCUGACAAUGAAAUUGAGGAGACGCUCGCCAGCUUCAAGCCGCUGUCCGGCUGA